UUUCAGGACACGGCUAACGACCUUUACUCUAGAGUGCGGAAAAAUUGAAUUUCUGUAUUCGUAACGCGAUUUUUUUUCGAUUUUCCCUCUUAAAUUUAAAUUGUUGUUCACUUUGUAUGUCCUUUCUUAGCUUAAAACAUGGGAUUUCGGGACAGGAUCCAGUAAAAUUGAGUUCGAGAUCUUGUCUUUCCGCACUCUACUUUUCUUUCCCUUCUUUAUCUUCCUGUUUAUUUUCUUCCGAUUUCUGUUUUUACAUUUUAAAUCGAAACUUUACCCUUGAUAUACAUAUAUGUACAUAGAUACUAUAUUUUAGAUAGGACACGCCCAAUACAACGCACGGCCAUAAUAACUUGCUUCAAGAUUUC